ACUAAUAAGAAUCAUGUCAGGAGGGGGGAGGGGGCCGCACUAAUAAGGGAAUAAAGAUCGUCUCCUCUGGGAAAUAACGAGGCCACUGCAGACAAUUUCCUUCAUUAAGGGACACAGCAAUUCAGAGACUUGGGUUAUACUGCCACCAACAGGAAAUUUUGCAAACAAAAAAAUUGUGGACUAGCUCAGUACAUCCCCCCCCUCCCGCUCGCAGCGUGCCCGGUAUGAGCCCCUCCCACUCGCAGCGCGCCUGGUAUGAGCCCCUCGCAGCUCGCCUUUCCUGUCAAGGCGCACGCCGAUGACUCUGUGGGGGCUCUUUGGCAUCGGGCUUCAGCUUCCCACAUUUGGGGGCUCUUUGGCAUCGGGCUUCGGCUUCUCACAUUUGGGGGCUCUUCGGCUUCUCACAUUUGGGGGCUCUUUGGCAUCGGGCUUCGGCUUCUCACAUUUGGGGGCUCUUCGGCUUCUCACAUUUGGGGGCUCUUUGGCAUCGGGCUUCGGCUUCUCACAUUUGGGGGCUCUUUGGCAUCGGGCUACAGCUUCUCACAUUUGGGGGCUCUUUGGCAUCGGGGUUCGGCUUCUCACAUUUGGGGGCUCUUUGGCAUCGGGCUACAGCUUCUCACAUUUGGGGGCUCUUUGGCAUCGGGCUUCAGCUUCCCACAUUUGGGGGCUCUUUGGCAUCGGGCUUCGGCUUCUCACAUUUGGGGGCUCUUCGGCUUCUCACAUUUGGGGGCUCUUUGGCAUCGGGCUUCAGCUUCCCACAUUUGGGGGCUCUUUGGCAUCGGACUUCGGCUUCUCACAUUUGGGGGCUCUUCGGCUUCUCACAUUUGGGGGCUCUUUGGCAUCGGGCUUCGGCUUCUCACAUUUGGGGGCUCUUCGGCUUCUCACAUUUGGGGGCUCUUUGGCAUCGGGCUUCGGCUUCUCACAUUUGGGGGCUCUUUGGCAUCGGGCUUCGGCUUCUUACAUUUGGGGGCUCUUCGGCUUCUCACAUUUGGGGGCUCUUUGGCUUCUCACGUUUUGGGGGCUCUUUGGCAUCGGGCUUCGGCUUCUCACAUUUGGGGGCUCUUCGGCUUCUCACAUUUGGGGGCUCUUUGGCUUCUCACAUUUGGGGGCUCUUCGGCUUCUCACAUUUGGGGGCUCUUUGGCAUCAGGCUUCGGCUUCUCACAUUUGGGGGCUCUUCGGCUUCUCACAUUUGGGGGCUCUUCGGCUUCUGACAUUUGGAAAGCCACCACCCUGGUCUUCAGUUGGAAUGGUCGGGCCUCUUAUGCCAUCCUGGGGUGAAAGGUCCUUCAGACAACCCCCAUCUCUGUUGUUUAUGGGGGGCCUGGGCAUCCCGACACUCAUUGAUUUCCUGGAUCGGAUCCAUCUCUUGUACUUCACAAGUCCCACCUCUGUGUCUAUGAUCAUGGUCCUGCUUUUCCACAAACCUAUGGCAUGCUGGGAGUAGGAGGAGUUAAAGUGGGCUGGUCCGUUGUUUCCCUGUGUCCUCCUGCAGAUGGCAGUAUAACCCAAUAGUCUCAGAAUUUCUAUGGAUUUUACAGUUACAAGAUCCCAUUAUUCCCAAUGCAAAGUCUGUGUGGCCUUCUCUGGCGGGAUCGACUUCAUUCUCUGUACCGAUGACGGGAGUUCUGAACACUUGUAUUGGACAAGCUGACCGGUGACCGCGCUCGGCUCCGCCCACACCUGAAGGAUGUUUCUGGCUGCUUAAUAUGGACCUACAAACACUACAAACCUUCCGGACAGCAUUGCGUCUCGGAUGACUCUCAGCACUGGCCAGGUGCCUUCUAAUCUCAGGAUGAUUUUGUGUUUUAUGUAAAAAUUUGUUGUAUCAAAUAAAUCUGAUGGUUUGUGAAGAUUA